AUGUGGUGGGCACCCUUAGAGAAUGCUCAGCUGGAGCGAUCUUCUGUGGAUUACAACGCACAUCUCCAUCCUCACCUACCUCCAAGGAAGGUCCUAAUGGAAGCUGACACAAAGACCGAACUGAAAAGGCGCAUUUAUAUUGCUUUACUCUCACGCUUCCCCGGCCAGCCGCCCUGCCGGAGCCAGGAGCAGGAUGCGGGCGGCUUCUCCCGCAGCUCGGCCGGGACAGGCAGCCAGGAGCUCGGCCCGGGCAGCGCCGAGAGCCCUGCGGGAUGGGACGGGACGGGACGGGGCCACCGCGGCGCCGCCGCCCCCGACCCCGCCGCAGCGCGGCCCCUCAGCGCGGACGGGCACCCAGCGGAGCCGAGCCCGGCCGGGCGGGCGCUCAGCGCCCCUCAGCGUGGCUGCCGAGCCCAGCCCGGCCGGGCAGGCACCCACCGCCCCUCAGCGCGGCUGCCGAGCCCAGCCCGGCCGGGCAGGCACCCACCGCCCCUCAGCGCGGCUGCCGAGCCCAGCCCGGCCGGGCAGGCACCCACCGCCCCUCAGCGCGGCUGCCGAGCCCAGCCCGGCCGGGCAGGCACCCACCGCCCUUCAGCGCGGCUGCCGAGCCCAGCCCGGCCGGGCAGGCACCCACCGCCCUUCAGCGCGGCUGCCGAGCCCAGCCCGGCCGGGCAGGCACCCACCGCCCCUCAGCGCGGCUGCCGAGCCCAGCCCGGCCGGGCAGGCACCCACCGCCCCUCAGCGCGGCUGCCGAGCCCAGCCCGGCCGGGCAGGCACCCACCGCCCUUCAGCGCGGCUGCCGAGCCCAGCCCGGCCGGGCAGGCACCCACCGCCCCUCAGCGCGGCUGCCGAGCCCAGCCCGGCCGGGCAGGCACCCACCGCCCCUCAGCGCGGCUGCCGAGCCCAGCCCGGCCGGGCAGGCACCCACCGCCCCUCAGCGCGGCUGCCGAGCCCAGCCCGGCCGGGCAGGCACCCACCGCCCUUCAGCGCGGCUGCCGAGCCCAGCCCGGCCGGGCAGGCACCCACCGCCCUUCAGCGCGGCUGCCGAGCCCAGCCCGGCCGGGCAGGCACCCACCGCCCCUCAGCGCGGCUGCCGAGCCCAGCCCGGCCGGGCAGGCACCCACCGCCCCUCAGCGCGGCUGCCGAGCCCAGCCCGGCCGGGCAGGCACCCACCGCCCUUCAGCGCGGCUGCCGAGCCCAGCCCGGCCGGGCAGGCACCCACCGCCCCUCAGCGCGGCUGCCGAGCCCAGCCCGGCCGGGCAGGCACCCACCGCCCCUCAGCGCGGCUGCCGAGCCCAGCCCGGCCGGGCAGGCACCCACCGCCCCUCAGCGCGGCUGCCGAGCCGGCACCCACCGCCCCUCAGCGCGGCUGCCGAGCCCAGCCCGGCCGGGCAGGCACCCACCGCCCCUCAGCGCGGCUGCCGAGCCCAGCCCGGCCGGGCAGGCACCCACCGCCCCUCAGCGCGGCUGCCGAGCCCAGCCCGGCCGGGCAGGCACCCACCGCCCCUCAGCGCGGCUGCCGAGCCGGCACCCACCGCCCCUCAGCGCGGCUGCCGAGCCCAGCCCGGCCGGGCAGGCACCCACCGCCCCUCAGCGCGGCUGCCGAGCCCAGCCCGGCCUGCCACUCAGCGCCCCUCCUGCGGCACCAGCCGUGCCAGCGCCCACCCCACACGUACCCCGCGCCCCGCCGCCGGCACACAAUGUCGCGUCGUAGCAAAAAAAAAAAUAAAAAUUAAAAAUUCGUCUUCCCCCAGUGACAGCUCCUUCACCCCCUCCCCGGCCGUGCGAGAGCCGAGCCCGGCGCGCAAAGCUCCUUACGGGCUAUAUCCGUGCCGCUCCGGGCAUGAUCCGGUGAGAGCAGCCGGUAGCCUGGCUGGGACCGGGGCCCCGGUUAAAUAUUCUGUUGCGCUCUCGCCUUCAGAUUAG